GCCUCAGACCACAUAGCCUCAGGCCAAACAGAAUCAGGCUAAAAGGAGUCAGACUUAACGGUCAAAGUGUUCUAAAAUUUUGGCCACCGUAGAUUUCAACACAGGUUGUUUGGUGUGUAACAGGAGCUGAUAAGUAUCCAUGCAGCUGUCAGUCAACACAGCACGUUGUUCCGUAUGCUAAAAGGGAGGGGUCAUAAAUAUCCGGAGGCAGACUGAUUCACCCCCUGUGAGAACUGGACAUCCUGGGCAUCCGAGGUCAUGACCCCUUUGGUCAAAACCAAAUGUCUGGACAUAAUGGAUGACCAGGACAGAGUUAGCCAAGCAUCCAGUUUGGCCACAGUUUCCUUCUUUCCUGUGUCAAAGGAAAAUGAUGGGAGGGUGCAAACAUUUGGGAAAAGAUGUCAGGCAGCCAAGAGAGACCCCAACUGUGGCGUGGUCAUCAGAGGAUGGCUCAACAAAAAGGACAGCUCUGGUUUGAAGCUAUGGAAGCGGCGGUGGUUUGUCCUCUCCGACUAUUGUCUGUUUUACUAUAAAGACAGUAGAGAAGAAUCUGUGCUGGGCAGCAUCCCCCUCCCCAGCUACAAAAUCCUAUUCUGCACUCCACGAGAAUGCAAGAACAGAAAGUUCACCUUCAAGGUUGUGCACCAGGGAAUGCGCUCUUAUUUCUUCAGUGCUGACACCCAGGAGGACAUGUUGGGUUGGGUCCGAGCCCUCAGUCAGUCUGCCACAAUGGAGCAGGACAGCUCUCUGCACAGGCGUUGUUCAAGUUAUCAGGAUUUCACACAGAUAGAUGGCAGCAGUGAAUCAGUGGACUUCCCUAAACCCCCCUGUGAUGGAGAGGGUCCCUCCCAGAAACACAGGCACGUCAGCCGAGCUCUGAGCGAACCGAGUCAGCUGAGCAGUGGGAGGAUGGGGACGUCUCGCUCUGAGCCGAGGGGGAGGCGGAGUGUGCGUCACAGAAACAGCAGCCCUUCAAACAGAGCACCCAGCCCGCCUGAGUUUAGCAGGAGAAGAGCUUGUGGUCCAAACCAAGAGGAGGAUUCUCUUCCAGGCCAAAACACGCCACCCACUCAGGCUGAAAUCAUGGGAACAGGUUCUCUGACCUCAAGAGGUCAGCUGGGGUCAAGACCUCAUACACCAGUGGGAAGGGUUGACAUCCGACCUCAUGAUGACCCAAACAUGGUGCCGCAGACUUUGUUCUACGCACCUGCCUCCCCUAAUCUGGAGUUCAAAUCCACUCCGACUACUCCACUCACAGAGAGGUGGCAGAACCUGAGCAAGCCUACACCUACGUACGGUUCCGUCCAUCACAUCCCAAGUGGGAGAAGACCUUUAGGAAAGAGCUACUCCACAGGGGCACAUGCAGACUUACUGCCCCCUUUGCCCCCCUCAUCGAGGGCAGCUCAUGCUCCCCACCCCCCACACCACCACCACCACCACCAUCAUCACCAUCUCCGCAACAAUUUAUCUGUUUGUGUGCUACCGCCAGCUAUGACUCCAAAACAAGAUCUGAGAGAAACGCCGCCGAUCAGACCUCUUGAAAGUGAUGCAGAUGCUGUGUUGACGAGGUUGUGUGGAUGUGACAAGCUGCUGCAGUCUCUGUCUGUGGAGCUGGCCCAGCUACAAAUGGAUAAGGAUAGUGUCCAUUGUGCAUUAGAGGUGUCCAGACUGCAGCUGGAGGACUGGAGGAGUCAGGGUCCACGAGCCCACGAAGAAACACUGACCCAGAAGGCUUUGCUCCAAGAAGACCUGGUCACAAUUCGAGCCAGGAUGUGUGAUGUUUCAUUGGAAAUGGAACGGGUGUGGAGUCAGUAUGAGAGAAUGGAGAGUGAACUGUCCGUUAUCCGCUCACACCUUCAGCACAUCUGUAAUUUUGGGAUGCCACAGGAUCAGUCUCAGGCCCAGAGGGAGCUGUGGAUGAUGGAGGACAUUUUGGCUGGACUGAAGAUCAACAGGGAUAACUUUCGCUUCCUUAUGGGACUACAGAGGCACCACACUUUCCAGCCGACGUCUCCACAUCCUGGAUCCCCUGGCUCUCCCACAGAGAGGCUGCACAGCGGACUGCCAAUGGGUAUGGAGCAAGAGCCCCCCCUCCGCCCACCGUUACCCCAGGAGCUACAGGAAUUCCAUCAGAGAAGGGAUCAGGGCCAUGUUUGGACAGAGUCACCAUAUGAGGGAAUCUACUGCCACGCUGUUGAUCCUGUACACAGAAGAGAAAACAGCCAGCCUGACCUCCUUAAUGUGAAAGCACAGAAAGACUCAUUCGAAUCUGGUUCCAAGUGGAUCCCACCAGAUACAGGAAACCAAUCAACCAAGAAGAUGAAGAUGAGUGAAGAGGAGCAGAUUGAGCGUAUGAAGAAGAAUAAGGAGAGGUUGUCUAAUCGGAAGAAACCCCCGAUACCUUCUCCAGGUGCCCAAACCGAGAGUUCGGGGACCAGAGAAGAGGCCCCUUUUCCUUUGAGGGUGACACGAGUUGUCACAGCUGUCCUGCCCACUUCUCUCGUGGCCAGACGGGUUUCUGUUGAGGACCCCCCGCCUGAGCUCGACAAUCCUCUACCCGAGCAGAUACCGCCAGAGAGGCAGGAGAGAUUGGCUGAGCAGAGCAAAAAAAUGUUGAAUAAGUCACCAAGGCAUCUGUUGUUGGACAGUCCUGAUCAAAACCGGACCUCAGCAGAGAUGUACUUGGAUCAGCAAGCUAAAAAGACGAGCAGACAGCUACAUCAGGGAGUACUGAAGACCUCCAAGAAAGACAUGCGGUCAGAAGUGAGCAGAGCUGUAAAUACUGAGGCUUCAAGGAAUCAAAGUCAAGACCAAGCAGGUUUAGGAAAUGGAAAUGCCUGCAUGGACCCAAGGACAGAGGAACGGCCAGCUGCCCUCCUGACCACUGACACGGAGCCUGAUGUCUGUCUGACCCCUGAGCAGCGUGAGGCCAAACUUCGACGUGUGGAGCGAAUACGAGAGAGAGUUAUAAGAAGCGCAGUCAGAGAGAGUGCCACUACACAGAAUCAACUGCCAAUCAGGGGGGAGGAAGUUCAUCACAUUCCCCCUGACACCAGAAAACAAAGGAUGAAAUCAGACCAUGAAUCGUAUGAUGGCUGUGGGGAAAACAACAGAUGUUCUUUAGAGCUUCAGCAUACUGGAACAUCUCAAACUGAAGAUGUAACAAGCCGGCAUGUGAAAAAAUCUAAAAGUCAAGCCAGAUUUGGGAACAAAACACAACAGAAAGAUCGCAGUGGGCGAGCAGGGGUUGCCAAGAUCAAACGUCCAGAUUCACCGUAUCAUAUCUCAUCUAUGACUGUCUACCAGAAAGACAGUGGCGGCGGGUUUUCAAGUCACAAGGAUGGAGAGGAGCAGAAGCUCAAAGAUCCUGAUGCUGAUGAAAAUGAGUUUCCAUCAUCUGAUCUGAGAGCAAAAUGGUUCCUCUCCACCAACCAGUGGCAAGGGUUUAUACCUUUGCAGAUCCCUGGAAUAGACUCAUUGUGCUGUGAAGAAACAUCAGAUGUAGAGAACCAACCACCAAGCGCUGAGGAUGCUACUGAUUCCAAUAAAAUGUCAUCCGCAGUCAGUGAAAGCUUAGAGAAAAUGAAAGAAAACCAUUCACUCUUCUACAAGAUUGCAUGUGAUAUCAGUAUUUCUGACUCAGAUAUCACAAAGAAUGAUGGAAAUUCAACCACCCAAACGUCAUCUAGGCCCGAAGUAGAAGAACUGCUUAUCAAUGAAUCUGUGCCAGAUGUAAGGAUGGAUGAUGUUAGGGGAGAUACUAACCAAGAGGGCCAGGAUUCAAGCCUGCAUUUUCCAUCAAAUGUUGAGGAAAAUAGAGUAAUAGUGGUUGACAACAACUUCCAAGAUUCAGCACAGGAAACCCAGGACACAGAAGCAUUAAAUAUCCCAGCCAGUCCAGUGAAAAAAGCUUGUGGAGAUGAAGAGAUCCCUCAAAAAGAAUGUGAAGACACCUCAACGCAAGAAACCCAAGAUAGAGAAACUGUUGAAGGAGCUCCUGUUCAGGACACUGAUCCUGAUCAGGCUUUGGUUGAAAGUGCAGUGUCAAGAGAAGAACAAAGUGAGUCAAGAGAGUCAGAAGACAGUAAGGUGGACCAAAAGAGAGCUGAAGAGGAGAGGAAAUGUUCAACUGAAGAAAACAAAGAGACAAGCAACAACCACUCCGUCAAUCCAUCCAGCUCUGUGUUUGAGAGCGGGAAAGUGAUUAGGAGUGCCUCUUUUGGGAAGGCACGAGUUACAGUAUUAAGGACAAGUUUGUAGAGGCAAGAGCGGUGACUGCUUAAGGAGCUUAAAUAAACAAAGUUAGGAAGGACGAGAACAUAGUGAAGUGAUUUACAGAAAGGGAAAAUGAUGCAGAGUAGGACGCUAAGUGAUGGAAAGAAGUUGGACCUUUUACUGGAUGGUAAAACGGGAACAUAUGUAUCAGAUAUAAUCAUAAUUAUGCCGUACACUUGAACAUUUCCAUUAUUCCUGAUUUGUGGUUUAAAAUGUAUGCAUGUCAUACAGAGAGUCUUAAAAUAUUUCAUGAUGUCAAAAACAGUGUAUGCAAAUGUGUUCUUGCAGUUGAUGGUGAACUCAUUUUACCUUAUGCAGAGCUGCAGUCAGAGGUUAACACUUUCAUUUCUCAAAAUACAUUCAUAGGUAAUAACCUAACAUAUAAAAGCAUUCAUAAUGGCUGCUUGUGAAUGGCAACAUAACCCUGUUAUCGUCACUGUAUAAUCACAUGUGUUUUGUAUCUCAAAUAGCCUGAUUAAUAAACAUGCUGUGUGGGA